GGGCACACGGGUAUGGUGGGGGCUGGCAGGACACAGGUCCUCUGGGCCCCAAGCCCAGUGACUACGUGCUGCCAUGGGGGAGCUGCCCAGAGGACUGUGUGCCAGCCUCCUGCACGUGUGAGUAUCAUCGUCCCCUGUAUACACGGCUUCACUGCUGCGUCCCAGCCAGGUCUCCAAUGGGGGCCCAUGGGAUCCUGGCCCUGUCAUUGGCCCCUUCAUGUCUAGCCCAUGGCCCAAGGCUACCACCAGGGAAGGCCAGGCCUUAGGGCUGGAGGCUGGGACAGGAGCAGAGGCCAGAGAGCCAGCUGGGGGUGGUCAGGACAAAGGCUGCAGGCUGCUGGGUGGGGGCCUUGCCGUGCUCCUGGCAGCAGGAAUCAGAGAAGUGGUAACUGGAUCCUGCUGGGGACCUGGCGGCCACCAAGGGUGGAGGGCUGCGAUCGGGUUGCGGCUGUGAGUUUUCCACCCGGCAGCUUCUUCUACAUUGGGAAAGUGCUGGGCUGCUGUGCUGUACUGGGGGUCUGCGUUGAGCGUCUGGGCCCCCAAGGUGGUGGGCAGGAAGGAGAGAGGCCAAGAGCUGUGGGGGCCCCAAGGAAGGGUUGGGCCCACACCAGGAGGACAAAGAGGGGUUCUCCUGCUCCCCAGCCCUGCAGUCCUGCUCCCCAGCCCUGCAGUGCAAUCCGGGAGCAGCUGAAAUCCAAGCUGGGGCAGUGAAAGGGGCCGAGGCUCCUAAGCCGGCUCGUCUCUGAUCCACCCUCCCCGCCCGCCCUCUGCUGCCCACUGCCCUGUGAGAGCCGCUCAGGCAGCUACGGCUGCUGCUCAGAGGCAGCAGCAGAGCAAGCAGCAGGUCCAUGACGCCAGCUGGAUCUGGAGGCUGCAGGCCAGCUACGCUGAGCUGGGCCUCUGGGGGGCCGCGGGUGCCCUGAGGACUUGGAGAGAGUUCUCUAGACCCUUGAGGGGACCUGGCCAGUUCCAAAGAUGCCGACCAAUGGGCUGCGUCAGGUGCUGAAGAUCCAGUUUGGCCUUGUCAAUGACACUGACCGCUACCUGACAGCCGAGAGCUUUGGCUUCAAGGUUAACGCCUCUGCACCCAGCCUUAAGAGGAAGCAGACGUGGGUGCUAGAGCCUGACCCGGGGCAGGGCGCAGCAGUGUUGUUCCGCAGCAGCCACCUAGGCCGAUACCUGUCUGCUGAAGAGGAUGGGCGCGUGUCCUGUGAGGCGGAGCAGCCGGGCCGAGACUGCCGCUUCCUGGUCCUGCCACAGCCUGAUGGGCGUUGGGCACUGCAGUCGGAGCCACACGGCCGCUUCUUCGGUGGCACCGAGGACCAACUUUCCUGCUUUGCCACAGCCAUCUCCCCGGCUGAGCUGUGGACUGUGCACCUGGCCCUGCACCCGCAGGCCCACCUGCUGAGUGUGAGCCGGCGGCGCUACGUCCACCUGUGCCCUCAGGAGGACGAGAUGGCAGCAGAUGGUGACAUGCCGUGGGGUGUGGAUGCCCUCCUCACCCUCAUCUUCCAGAGUCGACGCUACUGCCUCAAAACCUGUGACAGCCGCUACCUGUGCAGCGAUGGCCGCCUCGUCUGGGAGCCUGAGGCUCGUGCCUGCUACACACUCGAGUUCAAGGCAGGCAAGCUGGCCUUCAAGGACUGUGACGGCCGCUACCUGGCGCCCGUGGGGCCUGCUGGCACACUCAAGGCUGGCCGAAACACGCGGCCUGGCAAGGAUGAGCUCUUUGAUCUGGAGGAGAGUCACCCACAGGUGGUGCUGGUAGCAGCCAACCACCGCUAUGUCUCUGUGCGGCAAGGGGUCAACGUCUCAGCCAAUCAGGACGAAGAACUGGACCAUGAGACCUUCUUGAUGCAAAUUGAUCGGGAGACCAAGAAGUGUACCUUCUAUUGCAGCACUGGUGGCUACUGGACGCUGGUCACCCAUGGUGGCAUUCAGGCUACAGCCCCACAAGUCUCUGCCAACACCAUGUUUGAGAUGGAGUGGCGUGGCCGGAGGGUGGCACUCAGAGCCAGCAAUGGGCGCUACGUGUGUAUGAAGAAGAAUGGGCAGCUGGCGGCCAUCAGCGAUUUUGUGGGCAAGGACGAGGAGUUCACCCUCAAGCUUAUCAACCGGCCCAUCUUGGUGCUGCGUGGCCUGGAUGGCUUCGUCUGCCAGCGCCGUGGCUCCAACCAGCUGGACACCAACCGCUCUGUCUACGAUGUCUUCCACCUGAGCUUCAGCGAUGGCGCGUACCAGAUUCGAGGCCGCGGCGGGUUCUGGAACACCGGCAGCCACGGCAGCGUGUGCAGCGACGGUCAGGGCUCCGAGGACUUCCUCUUUGAGUUCCGCGAGCGCGGACGAGUGGCCAUCCGGGCUCGGAACGGCAAAUACCUACGCGGCGGCGCCUCGGGUCUGCUGCGUGCCGACGCCGACACGCCGACGGGGGCUGCACUCUGGGAGUACUGAGGUGUCCUGUUCGCAUUAAACCUUGUCUGUCACGCA